GGAUACACAUUCGAUCUCCAAAACUAAUAAACUGCACUUGCAAAUUGAGCGGAGACUACAAAACAACGUAAAACUGUGGUCGUCGCUCUAUGACGCAUACUGCCACCUAUUGACUGUGCUACGUAGCACGGUCGGCUGCGAGAGUAAACCAUCCGCGUGUGCACGUGACACUACAGUUGGAGCGGUCAGCGGUGAGGGUUGGCCACGGGACUAACAGCACGCAUUCAGGAAGCUCGAGAUGCCGGAAGGACACGAAGUGGAAACCCCCGCAGGUGCGGCCACGGACAGCAUCACUUUCUUCGGCGAACUCGAUGAGCUGUCCCAGGAGAGAAGCGGGCAGGAAGCGGCGGCGGGUACCACGACGCCAGACAAGAAUGCGACCAGCGUAGCGACGCAGCUGCUCGCAGCCUUCGUCGCUCACCUGAUUUCGCUGAAUUGUGGAUAUGCAGUUGGCUGGGCGGCCGUGGCCAUCCCAGUGCUGAAGUCCAACGGCACGGAGUAUAGCCCACCAGCGCUGUACAUGCCACUGAGCACGGAAGAGUGUUCGUGGGUUGUGAGUGCGUCGCUCAUUUCCUCGGCGGUGGGCCCCAUGCUGAGCAGCCAGGUGUGCCGUUGUUGGGGCUACAAGCCUGCCGGCUAUCUGGUGGGCAUCACGGCGACCAUGGGAGGUGUGGCCGUCCUGCUGGCACGAGGGUUGCCAGCCCUGCUGGCUGGUCGUGUGGUGGUCGGCAUGGCGAUGGGGGCCGUUCCAGUGGUGGCGAACGCCUACAUGGCCGACGCGGCUCAGCAGCACGUGCGCGGAGCGCUAGGCACCUUCUUCGCACUCCUCUUCAAUGCUGGCAUCCUGCUCGCCUACAUCGUGGGCGCCGUAGCCACGUACCUGGAAGUGUGUGCAGUUGCCGUCGGCUUGCCAGUCCUCUACACGGUCUGCUUCUUCUUCCUGCCAGAGUCGCCACGGUAUCUCGUGUCGAGCGGCAAAGUGGAAGAAGCGGAGAAGUCGCUGCGCUGGUUCCGCCCUGUCGGCCACGACAUAGAGGGCGAACUAAAACUGAUGAGAUACGAGCUCGAGUCGAAGUCGACUGAGGGAGGCAUGUCUGUGGCAGAAUUCUUCAGGGACCGUGCAUCUCGCCUCGGCUUUAUUGCGUUCCUCAUCCUCAUCCUGAACCAGAAUCUAGACGGCACUGGGGUGAUCCUGAACUACGUGGUGGAGAUGUUCUCUGCAGCAGACGCCACUGUGUCUGCCCAGUGGGCGGCAGUUGUGGUGGCGGCUGUACAGCUCUUGGCGACCCUCCUGUCUUCAGUGCUGGUGGACCGCGUCGGACGCCGACCACUGCUGAUGGCUUCUAAUGCGGGCAUGGCCACAUGCCUGACAGCCGUUGGUUGGUACUUCUUCGCCUUGGCCAGCGGUUACGACGUCUCCUCGCUGUGGUGGCUCCCUAUCACCUCAUUAUCCUUAUCCUUGGUCCUCAACGCCUGCGGAAUAGGAUCGUUGCUCUUCGUCAUCGCCACUGAACUGUUCUCCUCAGAUGCUCAGGCUGUAGCUUUCUCCAUAGGUUUCACUGCGGCAGUAGUGGUCAAUGCAACAGUUCUGAAAUUCUACGUCGCGCUGCUCGAUUGGAUAGACAUAUAUGGCUGCUAUUGGCUGUUCGCCGUUUCCUGCCUUGUCAGCAAUGUUUACAUAUUCUUCUUCUUGCCGGAGACAAAGAACCGUCCAAUAACUGAUAUUGUUGCUGAGCUGAAUGGAGAGAAAAAGGAAAAGUUGCCGUACUCUAGCCUUUCCGAUUCAGAGGAAGGCAUAACUGAGUCUGUCAAUACUUUGAAAGGUGGACAUUGUGCAGCAUAGACGCAAAAUGAGUCGUCUAUUCUUCAGCAUAAAGUAUGUGUAACAAUUUUAAGUUCGAAAAGGUUUUUAGUACCACAGAAUUUUCUGAAUCGAGUCAAUUCUUUCGUAUCACACACACAUCGUGAAACUGAAUAUGGUCAGUGUAAAAAAGUUAAUAUGGUAAAACUGUUGCGAGAGCUGAAGGGGUUUCUAUGAUCUGUUAACAGUAGUACCACACUUGAUAAAUUUCAGCCCAUGGUUACCCUCUAGUGUACCACAUGUUACGGGCCAAUGAGAAGGAAUGGGCUAUGUUCUAGUCCGUAGGAUGGCUACUCUGUAUUUUAUAUGGUUAUUUCAUACCUUAUUCAUAGCAUUGCGAAGUGAUACCCGCAGUAGUGUCAUCUGUCAAGUUUUAUUGCUUCCAUCAAACCUGAGAAACUACUGGCAUCCACAGUGGGAUACUGGCACUAAACAUUUUUUAGUGUUGAGCGUAGUCUGAAAUUGAAUAUGGAUUUUAAUAAAUGGAUUUGUUACUUGUAUUUGUCAGCAAUAAACAUUUUUAAAGGCA